AUGGCGCAACCACCGCGUGCCUCCGAGAAGGAAAAGACGGCGCGACUCGUCGAGUCACUUUCCAGGCAUGAGCAGGUGACGCUCUUGGCGCAGGCGCUCUUGCGGGAGUACAUGCAUCGGCGCGGCCUACGCGAGACGCUGCGCACCUUUGACGCGGAGAGCCCGCGUGAUGAGCGCACCAUCUCAUCUCGCGCUCUCAUGCGUCAACUGCUGAACAUUCCUGUCGAAGGCCGGCCAUCACGGCUGCAACCCACCACUUCUUCUUCAUCGGCGAAACCGCAGGCUCCGACCUUCAUGGAGGAGCUCUGCUCCUAUCGGCUGACAAAGAGCAGCUACAGGAGCCUGAACGGGAAGCGGGGUGACGAACAGCAGCGUAUCCAGGAGGAAGACCCCAGUGAUGUGGAGCUCCGUGCAUUGCACGAGGCGGCAGAUGCACGGCGGGCGGCAAAGGCCGUAUGCGAGCAGAAGCAGCGCGAGUACGCGGAGCUGCUUGCCGUGGACGAGGCCUAUGCGCAGCGCAAGGCGGAGCACAGAGAGAAGAGGAAGCGUAAGGACAAGGACAGGAAGAGGCACCACAGCUCGAGGGAGCGCCCCCGUGGCAACACUGGCAGCAGCGAUGACGAGGCGGAGAGCGAUGAUGACCAGAACGAUGAUAGUGAGGACGAAGAAGGAGUUGCGCUCGACAUCGGCUACUCUCACGCGUCAAGAAGGCCAAAGUUGGCCUCGUCGGGCAAGCGCCGGCUGUCGGCCGAGUCCGGAAGUGGUGUGAAUGGGGCCGCUGUAGCGGUGGGCGCGCGUUGGCAACCGCCGGGCAAUGCCGCUCGAGCAGGUGCUGACCAUAGCACUUUCGGCGAUGGCGUCUCUCGUCGUUCUGCAAAGCCCAUUUCCGGUGAAACGGUACAUGUUGGGCUGGGCAACGCCGAUAGCAAGGGCCGAGACGACCACGAGAAUGCGGCGGACCUGUUCGGGCUCGGUGGGGCGAGUCGGCAGGCGCUGAUGGCGCGAGUUCGCGCAGAGAGCGAGCACUGGCCGACGCAAACUAACGGAGGUGCCACCCAUGCCCAUGCCAGUCGCACAAGAAAUGGUAACGGCGACGGAGGUGCUCCGAACAGUACUCCGAGCACUGCACCUGGCGCUCUCUCGACGCUAGCCGGGCGAGGGGAAGGUGACAGGGGACGUGCCUCGCUGAGCAGCACUCGACCAGUUGGACGGGCGGCAGCAGGAUUCGACCCAAACGGCACGUAUGGGUCUCCAUCGUUCUCUGGGUCGCUCUCUGCCACUGCACCUGCCGGCGCCAACGGAGGCACGGCUACGCUUCGCAUGAAGGCUUCAUCCAUCCCGAUUCCUGACCUGAGCGCAGAUGGCGCCGUGACAGGGCUGGCGAGCACGUACAGCAGUGCCUUUGCUUCGGCGAUGCCGGCUGUCAAUUUGGCCCCGAGCAUCCUGGUGAAGCACGUGAGCGCACGGCAGCAGUCCGACGAUGGUGCAGCCAGCGACGGUCCACUUCACUCAUACGAUCGAACCGCGGUGCCGCGCAGCAGCGCGUUAGCCGGCAGCAACUGCGGCAGCAGUGUGCGCACUGCUGCCGCCCGCAGUCCGUCACCGAACACCUCUGCUCUGAGCGAGCCGGCUUCCCCGAUGCUCUCUCAUACGGCUUCGCGAUCCCCCGCCAGCGUCGCUGGCGGAUCAGGCGGAGGCGGGGGCAGUGGGCUGCGCCACGGUAUCGGGUUCCGCACUUCGUCUACCUCAGUGGACGGUACGGCGUCCUCGUCCGCCUCAUUCACCGGCGCUGCAGACCCCGCUGCCGGUGCGGCAAAGCCAAGCCGCAAAGAGCGCCGUGUGAAGCUGCUCGUGGAUUGA